UGGAUUGAUGCGUGCAAAACAGCCAGUAUAGAACCAGGAAUCCAGAGUGUCUUCUACACUGUAGCCAUUAAUUGUAACGAUGAAGAGAUUUAUACAUUCUUCAGUGGGCUUAACCCUCCUGAUAUUACUAAAUCAUCUUAUUGUGGUCCGGCCUUCUAAUACUCUCAGGAGCUGUGUUGAUGGGAGAGGUAAGAACAGCACUGCAAGGAAACCCAGAGGUGUGAAUACCCCUGCUCCAGUGGACUGUAAACUAGGCCCAUGGUCAGCAUGGGCACCUUGCUCUGCCUGUCAACAAAAAACAUACCAGCACAGGUACUUGGAACAAGCAAACCAGUUUGGUGGUAACCCAUGUCUGGGCAACAAGUUGGAAGAAAAGAUAUGUCCCAGUGACAUACAGUGCAACCGACAGGACCUUUGUGGAGAGGAUUUCACAUGCCAGGAAACAGGGCGGUGCAUCAGCCGGCGGCUGCUAUGCAACAGUGACCCAGACUGCAGAGAUGGGUCAGAUGAGAAUGAAUGUGGUGACUUGGAGAACUAUGAAGAUACUUUCUGCAAGCAGCUCUUCCCUAUCCCUGGCUCAGAAAUAAGUGCCCGAGGCUAUAAUGCAUUAACGGGAGAGUUUCUCCUCAACACUAUUGACCCUGGUUACUAUGGUGGAUUUUGUGAAUACGUCUAUAAUGGUGACUGGAGGGAGCUGACUUAUAAUGCUUUUUGUGAGCACAUGUCUUACAACGAAGAUGAGAAGUAUUACAGGAAACCAUACAAUAUCCACUACUAUCAAUUCUUGGCCCAAGCUGACUCUGGAAGCUCUUCAGAAUUUUAUAAUGAUGUAACCAGCUUGUUAAGAGCAAAGAAGGAAGAGGAUUCUUUCAACUUUGGUUUUACAAUUGGAAUUAGUGUAGUUGAAGGUGGAUUUUCACAUAAACAAGAUUCCAAAUCCUUAAAAAAUAUAUCAGAAUACACAGAUCAGAAUUUGGGAUUUAUAAGGCAUUUGACAAAAAUUCAAACAUCCCAAUUUAAAAUGAGAAGCAGAGGUUUGGUUCUGGAUGAAGAUAUGUAUCAGUCUCUAAUUGAACUCCCAGAAGAAUAUGACUAUGGGGCCUACUCCCAGUUCAUCAACAGUUACGGAACUCACUACAUCACCUCUGGCAUAAUGGGAGGAAUCCUCGAGUACAUCAUGGUUGUUGACAAGAAAUCUAUGGAAAGGAAUGAAAUUACUGGAGAGCAGGCAGGGCAGUGCAAUGCCUUGUCACUAGGAAUUGCAAAGGUUGGCCCAAUGGACCUUUCUGUCUCAGCAGACUUUUGCAACAGACAUGGGUUUCAGAACACAGAUAAUAAAAAGGAAAGUAGUAUGGUAAAAGAUGUUAUCAACUUGAUUCGAGGAGGAGACACAGCUUCCAGCGGUGGGCUGUUGGCAGUUUAUGAUGAGAAAACAUACCGACAUUGGGGGAAAUCCUUAAAAUACCAGCCAGCUCUCAUCGAAUUUGAGAUCCUUCCAAUAUAUGAGCUAGUCCAUUUCAGCACAGCUAAGAGUGGCAAUGCAAAGCUUGAGAACCUGCGGAAGGCAUGGCAUGAGUAUCUGAGGGAGUUCAACUCAUGCCGCUGUCAGCCCUGCAAAAACAAUGGGCAGACCAUGCUUGAUGGAACGUCGUGCCGGUGCCUGUGCCCCAGUGGAUUUGAAGGGCCUGCUUGUGAGGAGACCCAGAGGAAAGGACCAACACAUGGGAACUGGGGCUGCUGGAGCUCCUGGUCAUUCUGCAGGUCUGGCAGUAAAACACGGAGUCGACACUGUAACAACCCUGCUCCUCUCAACGAUGGAUCUCCAUGUUUGGGCAAAGCCUCACAAACAGUGUCCUGUUAACAGUUUUCUCCAGGCUGUUCACAGUCAACAGAGCACUGUUGAAGAACACACUCGUCUGCCUUUAUAAUAAUCAUGAGAAUAAUACUGAUAAUAAUAAUAAUAAUAAUAAUAAUAAUAAUAAUAAUAAUAAUAAUAAUAAUAAAAAGGCAAGGGUACUGCACAUUGUAGCAUAUCAAUAAAAUAUAAGAAUAUGA